AUUUAUUAUGAAUAAAUUUAUUUUAAUAGAAUUUAUCAAUAUUUUAUAAACAGUUAUCAUUUUAUAAAUUUGGUAUUUGACAAAUGUUUAUAAGUUAUAAAACUGAUAUAAUUAAAAGAGCAUAUCUUUGUAAAAAAAAGUGGAAUGAUUGUAAUUUUUGGGAGAAUUUCAUGGUAUCACUUUACAUCUUUACUACGAUUAAAAGUACAUUUUCAAAAAUGUUUUCUUCGUUAAGUGGCAAAAGGUUUUUUACAAUUGUUCUCUAGAUAUAAUAAAUCAUUACUUAAAUAAAUAAAAAUAUAUAAUUUUUUUAAAAAUGUUUCGAAUUAUACAUUUUCAAAUUUGAUUUUUUUUUUAUAAAUUUUGUUUUUGAUUUUUUUUUUCGAAUUUGUUUUUGUUAAAAUUUGUUUUUGAAAAUCGAAAAUUAUGUUUGAAACUAUUUUUUAAAAAUUAAAAUUUUAAAAUCGAAAAUUUCAAAUACUUAUAAUUUUUAAAGUAUUUAUAUAUUUACUAGAAUCAUAAAUUUCACAUUCCAAAAACCCUACGCCACCCCUCAACUCUAAGCCUUAAGUCUAUAUCAGUUAGUCCUAGGGGAAUACGUGUCUUUUAACUUUCAUUAAAAGUGAAGAUAAAAAUGAUUAAUGUAAACAUGAAAAGUGGUACUAUGAAUGUGGCAUUUGUGAAAAUUUCCCGUAAUUUUUCACCUCUUCUAUCAAGUUUGGCCACAUUUUCAAAACAUUUAUUUUGGUCUAGUGGUAGAAUGUAGUGGUCUACAUUUUCACCAGCACAUGGGUUUGAGGCGCCUCUUACCAUUUCAGAUGUUAAUAUUUUUUCUGCUUUUAUCCUUCAAAAGUGGCAAUUUUUUCUCUCUUGUUUCCGGUCACUUUAUUCCUAGGAACGGCUCUGCAUAUAUAUACACAUAAACCGGUUCAUUGGACAGAUGUUUCAGUGGGUGCUAAAGAAAGAAAAAUAGUUUAUAACAACUAUUCAAGUCUUUAAAUAUUUGAAUUUCAUAUAGUUAACAUUUUUAAAAUCGAUUUUUAAAUGGAAUCUUAUUUUGCUGAAUCCAAUAAAUGAGUGUUUUAUAUAAUCUAGUACAUAAACCGGUAUUUUAAACAAAAACUCAACCUGGCAUGCAGGGCCUUGCUUGAUACUAAGAAGAUCAAGCAUUGGCUUUGUGGCCAACAAGAAAUAUUUAUUUGGGGGGGGGGGGGGUGGGGGGGGCAACAAUACACGAAGUUCCUCUCUAGUUUUGGUGGCAAAGACCAGGAAUGUACUGUUUUAGAAGUUCUGAGUUUGAAUUUCAUGGAAACACUUUUUAAUAUUUUUAAUAUUUUAUUUAGAUCAUGGGCCAAAAUGGUUUUUUGCUUCUCGGCCGAAAAUUGUCAGGCCCGGCCCUGCUGGCAUGAGAAGUUUAAAUCGUGUUGGUGGAACCGAAGACUGGUAUGAAAAGUUGUAUCAUUCAUCUGUUUAGCAUUUUUGCAUAUGAAGAUUAGAUCAGUGUCCAGUCCCUAUUUAAUGUCUUUGUUAAACUACCAAAAGCGAGGAAGAAUUCAAAUUUGAUAAACGCUUGUUAGAUAAUAAGGAGAUAGGACAAGUAAUCUUUAAAAGAUGGAAUUUGUCAGAUCUUUCAUCUGAUGCUCUUUCAUCUGAUGCGAAUAUAAUGACUUAUAUUUCGAGUUACUGUAGAGCUUUAAGUCAAUAAAAAGUGAUAUGAAUUCAAAAAAGAAGAUUCAUAUUUCGAGUUGCCGCAUAACGUCGAGUCUACUACUGGAAGUUUGUGUUCUAAUAAUUUCAGGUAAUAUUAAUUUUUAUUGUGUUAUGAUAUUGUUAGGUUACAUUAAAGUAGACAAUACUCUACCUAAAGGAUUUGGUAUGAAGAGGAGAGAGGACUUCAUGUAUGUGUAUUUUGUGUGAAAAUAUUGUCAGUAUUUUAUUGAACAUGCUAUGGAAGCAAGUAUUAGGAAGACUAUGAGUAUGAAUGGUGACCAAAGAACAACAAGGAAUAAUGCAUUCCCUGACAUUCUUAAAAAAAUUUAUCAUUCACAAAGAAUAAAUUUUUCUUCUCAUUCUCUACCAUUUUUUUUGUACAUAAAUAAAGAACAAAGUUAUUACUUGUUAAAUAUGGGAUGGAACAACCAUUACUUUUCAUUCCUAUCAUUUUAUUCCUCUAAGUUCCUUUCCUAUUCGUUCCUUUUGUUUCCAGAAUUGGCCAAUCGGACCAUAUGACCUACGUAUAUUGUUAUGAUCUAUGAGAGGAAAAUUUAGAUUUGAAAAUAUAUUUACUAUCUUAACAUAAGGAUACAGAUGAAAGGUUGGACUAUAAUAUAUAGAUCUAUGAAAUAUUGUUAGAACAUAAAAAGUUCUUCUAAGUUUUGCUAAAACUCAUUCUAAGGCUACAAAAGCCAUGUAUAAAAGUAAAGUGUUAAAAAUUCAGUAAAGUACAAAAUAUAUUUAAUACAAAAUUAAAAGUUACUAUUUUUUUUUAAGUAUCUUCAAAGAUAAAGCAACACAUAUCUAUCUAUCUAUAAUAAUAAUUUAGAGUUUUCUCUCACCUCGUGCAUCCACAUCAUUAGGUAAGGGUGGGCAAAUUGUGCCACGUGGCAUCUUCUCUUUCAGUUUCUAAAAAUGAUGUCUCGCUGUGUUUAUUGGGCUCUUAUUCUAGCAGGCCAUUCUGCUAUUAUGUUCGGCUCACCUGCAAACGCACGGAGGCUUAGGUCAAGCGGCUGUGACUCUUCGGAAUUAAGCACUCCCACCACUGCCUUCUGACCCUAGAGAUAUUGAGUCUGUGAAGAAGAAGUUUUACCUAGCUUGGAAGCCAUCAUCUGCUUCAAGCUUUCUCUUGGUAUCUAAAGCUCCGAUUUUGAAUGAAUCGUGAAGCUUCAAAUUCGUUUAUAAGACCCAUGAGCUGGUGUUUUUAGGUCAGGCCUGCAGUGGAGACUGUCUUUGAAAACCUUCUACUUCAGCUACUGUUAGCGAAGAAGAUACCAUCUAUUGGAAAAUUCCAUGUGUGUGAAUGAUUAUCAAAAUAAGCCUUCCCUGGACUUAUCUCAUAAAUAUAAAGAUCUUUUGUGUAUUGUAGAUGAACAUUUAGAUGAUGAUUGCAUUUCUUGAAUCAAGCUUGCGGAGGGAUUGAAUGUUGAUGGAGUAUUGGAGAGCUGGGGAAAGAUUAAGCCGGUAACAUGGAAGCUUGGGAUGAAGAAGUUAGAGAUGAUUGGUCUAAAAAGGACUUGAAAAUUUGGUUUGGUGUCAAUAGGUAUGCCUUCAAGAUCAAUUCUAGAGAACACAAGUUUAGAGACCUAUAUUGUCGAAACAACAUAGUCAAAGUUCCAUCUUCUUUUGCAUUUUACCUUCAUAGCUUUGAUAUAUAUUCUACUAUACUUGCAGAUUUAUCCAUAAGUUUCAGAUACUGAAAUUUGCUAGCUCAGAGCUUUAUGUUGUUACCACAAAACAGGUGAUGUAAUGCUUUAAACUGUCUAGACUUGCAUACUGUGUGUCGCUUUUUAUAGCUGAACUUUGUAGUAUGCAUGGAGAAACUGCAGGGCUGGUAUGCAGGCGUUGUAAUUGUGAGUUUAUUAGUAAAGGUGAAAGUUCAUACCCGAUACACUAGAAAACAAACACCAUAUAGACCGUAUAGAGUAUGACCAAUCAGAAUCAAUCAAAUUAAAAAAAUUGGAAUUAAAAUAUGAAGAGCUCGGGCUUUGGUUGGCUAUCCCAACCCAAGGUGUUGCAGCCUGUAUGAAUCUUUUCUCGAGAACCUUAUUAAAGCAAAAUUACUUUAUAGUAGAAACAAAAUUUCUAAAUAAUAGGAACACACGCUGUUGAUUUGGUUAUUGUUAUUAUCCCAAGGUUAGCUUACUGAAAGUAACAAAUUCCAUGUAAAAGUUCAAAAGUCAUAAUAGACCAUGUCAUGUGAAAAAAAAGAAGAUGGAAGAGGUGCUUACUUCUAAUGCCUUAUUUUUUUUCUUUCCAUUUGGUCUAAUGCAUUGAACCUAAUCAAUGAUUUUGUCAUUUGAAUCAUUAAUGUUUAGAGAAAAUGUUUUCUUUAAAAAAAAGAGUACCAAUGAAUUCAAUAAAUAAACAAUACAAAAACAAGAAGUAGUCUAAGCGUUUAGUUUUUUUGGAUGGGUUGUGACUAGCAUUGAUUCAAUUAAUUUGUUGAAAGCUAUGAUCGUUAUGCUGAUUUCUGAAAUGCAUGUGACGCAUGUUUUCUUUAUUUGGUUUUAGAUUGGACUCAUAUGAUGAUGAGGAUGACUCAGAAAAAGAGAAGGAAACAAACACCUUAAAGGUUCUAUUGCAACUCGAGCGGUCUUGUUCCUCGAUUUCUUGUUGUUUGUAACAAUUCUGCCCCGAAGACUGCAACGCUGAGAUACGUUUCAUCUUCUAAUCUGCGCUGUUCUUCUAAGACAUCAACGCCCGCACCAUCUGGCACUGCAAAAGAUAAGAUAACCCCGGUGGUGGACAACUUUUUGUUCUCUAGCAUCUUUCAAGGUUGGAUGAAUGGACUUUUUCAACAAGAAAAAGAACAACCCGUUGUGAAUGAAGCGAACAACACAACUCCUUCGGUUACUCAUCAAGAGAAAGAAGAAUCUAGUGUGGAUGAGGCAAAAAACACAACUCCUUCGGUUACUCAUGAAGAGAAAGAAGAAUCUGUUGUGGAUGUAGCAAAAAAGACAACUCCGUCGGUUAAUCAUAAAGAGAAAGAAGAAUCUAGUGUGGAUGAAGCAAAAAAGACAACUCCUCCUUCUGCUAUUGAUUUAGCUCUUAACUCAGUGGUUAAGGUCUUCACCGUCUCUAGCAAGCCUAGACUUUUUCAACCAUGGCAGAUUAGUAUGCAGAAUGAAUGCUCUGGCUCUGGAUUUUUAAUCUCGGGAAAGAAGAUUAUUACAAAUGCGCAUGUGGUGGAUAAUCACACAUCAGUUAAAGUACAAAAGCACGGUUCAGCCACCAUGUACAAAGCAAAAGUUCGAAUGAUUGGGCAUGAAUGUGAUUUAGCCAUCUUGGAGGUCGAUAACGAUGAGUUUUGGGAGGGAAUGAAAUUCUUGGAGCUUGGAGACGUACCCAAGCUGCAGGAAGAGGUGCACCUUGUUGGCUAUCCUUGUGGUGGUGACAGUAUAUCCGUUACAAAAGGUGUUGUGUCGAGAGUUGAACUAAAAGAAUAUAGUCACAGCUCGACAGAGCUACUCACAAUACAAAUAGAUGCAGCUAUCAAUUCUGGAAAUAGUGGUGGUCCUGUAUUUUUGGGAAACAAAGUGGCUGGUGUAGCAUUUGAAGGUUUGUUCUGGUCCGAUGGUAUUGGUUACAUGAUUCCAACUCCAGUAGUUAAGCACUUUUUAGACUGUAUUGAAGAAAAACAUGUUAGUUUCGGCUCAAUGAAUAUAUCAUAUCAGACGAUGGGGAAUGCACAAAUUCGUGACUAUUUCAAGAUGAGCAAAGAUAUGACAGGGAUUCUUGUAAACGAAAUAAACCCGCUGUCCGAUGCUUACAACUUUCUGAAAAAGGAUGAUGUUAUUCUCGCCAUUGAUGGUGUUUCUAUAGGAAAUGAUAGUAAAGUCCCGUUUCUUAACCAGGACACCGUAGAUUUCAAGCAUUUGGUCUCUAUGAAGAAACCAUCUGAAACAGCUCUAAUUAAAGUAUUAAGAGAGGGGAAAGAGUGUGAGUUCAAUGUCGGUCUAAAACCUGUGCAACCACUAGUUCCAUUGCAUAAUUUUGACAAGAUACGAAGUUACUAUAUAUACGGAGGGUUUCUUUUUGUACCUCUAUCUCAACCAUACAUUGAUGGCUCUGAUAUGUGCGAGUGUUCUUCCAAAAAGAUGCCCAAGAAAGCCAGUGAACAGAUAGUAAUCAUUUCUCAGAUCUUAGAGGAUGACAUCAAUGCAGGAUACGCCAGUUUUGAAGAUUUACAGGUGAAGAAAGUGAAUGGAAUUGAAGUGGAUAAUCUGAAGCAUCUAUGUCAAGUCAUAGAGGAGUGUAGCACCGGGUUUUUGAGGCUGGAUUUGGAAAAUGAAAAGGUUCUCAUCCUCAACAAUAAGUUGGCACGAAAAGCAAAUUCUACGAUCUUGAAAGAACUCAAAAUACCGUCGGCCAUGUCCGAUGACCUUCAACCUAGACAGGUGAACAGGAGCCGCUUAGUUAGUCCUCGGCAUAGCAAGAAAAAUAAUUAGUUUCCGGCCACUAAGUCAGCUUCAGCUGCAGCUUUAUCCCUUCUAAUGUAGUAGGAUUUUAUAAUGUCAUCAAUAGAACAAAAAUUGUUGACUUUUCAUAUUUUUUGUGUGCCAGUUUAAGUGACUUUUAUAUUAUCUAUAUUCAAUACUACAAUUUUGGAUGUUACUUGCUCUUCAACACUAUAUUAUUUAUUAUAAAUGUAUACCAAUGCUAGUAUGUUUGAUUCAACAAUAAUGCAACGUUAUGAAAGGCACGCCGUCGCCAUCUAAAAAGGUUAUUAUCAAUACUGUAUAGACGUGUCUCAGAAGUUGGUUCACAUGAUGAACUUUGUUUUUAAAUUUUUUUCUGUAAAAUGGUUACAUUCCAGUCCAAACCAUUUUAAAAUGACUAUUUUUUAACAAUGUUAUUGUAUAUUUAAUGUCGAUAUCAACAAAAUUGUAAUAUCUGGUAUAACAGCUGAUAUAUGAUUUCACCAAAUAACUAUAUAAAGUGUAUAAUACUUUUUUAAUAUUUAAUUAUUUAUUUGCACGGUAAUAUGAAACACAUAUGUUAAUGUUUUGAACAUGAUUUUAUAAUUUCACAUAUUAAUCAAAAUACACCAAAAAUAUGCGGCAAAUACAAAAAAAAAA